UGAACAAGAGGAACCGCUACGAAACACGGGAGAGGAGCGGCCCAGUACUGAUAAUUCAACUUUAAAGUCAAUAUUGUACGUACAGUAUUGGUACGCUUGUACUCUGACAAACAUUUCAGACAUAUUACAUCGAUCAGACCGCCUCAUCGGGAUGGAGUGGCAGCCAGAUGAGCAGGGACUUCAGCAGGUCCUCCAACUGCUCAAAGACUCACAGUCACCCAACACAGUCACGCAGAGAGCUGUCCAACAAAAACUUGAACAACUCAACCAGUUCCCUGACUUCAACAACUAUCUCAUCUUUGUCCUCACACGGCUCAAAACUGAAGACGAGCCAACUCGCUCUCUGAGCGGUCUGAUACUGAAGAACAAUGUUAAGGCCCACUACCAGAACUUCCCCCCAACUGUUGCUGACUUCAUCAAGCAGGAAUGUCUCAACAACAUCGGUGAUCCCUCACCACUCAUCCGUGCCACCAUUGGCAUCCUGAUCACCACCAUUGCCUCCAAGGGAGAGCUACAAACAUGGCCCGAGCUGCUGCCCCAGCUCUGCAAUUUGCUCAACUCGGAAGACUACAACACCUGCGAGGGCUCGUUUGGAGCACUGCAGAAGAUCUGCGAGGACUCGUCGGAGCUGCUGGACAGCGACGCUCUGAACAGACCCCUCAACAUUAUGAUACCCAAAUUCCUUCAGUUCUUCAAACACUGCAGCCCCAAGAUUAGGUCCCAUGCCAUAGCCUGUGUGAAUCAGUUCAUCAUUGGCAGAGCCCAGGCACUAAUGGACAACAUUGACACCUUCAUAGAGAGCCUGUUUGCGCUGGCAGCAGAUGAGGACUCUGAGGUUCGAAAGAAUGUGUGCCGAGCACUGGUCAUGUUACUGGAGGUCCGGAUUGACCGCCUCAUUCCCCACAUGCACAGCAUCAUCCAGUACAUGCUUCAGAGAACACAGGACCCUGAUGAGAACGUGGCUCUGGAGGCCUGUGAGUUUUGGUUGACUUUAGCAGAGCAGCCCAUCUGUAAGGAGAUGCUGUCUGGACACCUGGUGCAACUGACACCUAUCUUGGUAAAUGGGAUGAAGUAUUCAGAGAUUGACAUCAUACUAUUAAAGGGUGAUGUGGAGGAGGAUGAGGCAGUGCCAGAUAGUGAUCAGGACAUCAAGCCUCGUUUCCACAAGUCGCGCACUGUCACCUUGCAGCACGAAGGAGGGGAGGGCGAGGAGGAUGAGGACAUAGAAGACGACGACGACGACGAUGACGACACGCUGUCUGACUGGAACCUGCGAAAGUGUUCAGCCGCAGCACUGGAUGUUCUGGCCAACGUGUUCCGUGACGAUCUGCUGCCCCACCUCCUGCCGCUCCUGAAAGGACUGCUCUUCCACCCUGACUGGGUCAUCAAGGAGUCUGGCAUCCUGGUGUUGGGGGCCAUAGCUGAGGGCUGCAUGCAGGGCAUGGUGCCCUACCUGCCGGAGCUGAUCCCCCACCUCAUCCAGUGUCUCUGUGACAAAAAGGCCCUGGUGCGCUCAAUUGCCUGCUGGACCCUGAGUCGCUAUGCACAUUGGGUGGUGUCCCAGCCCCCAGACUCCUACCUCAAACCCCUUAUGACAGAGCUCCUUAAACGCAUCCUGGACGGCAACAAGAGGGUGCAGGAGGCGGCCUGCAGUGCGUUUGCAACCCUGGAGGAGGAGGCGUGCACAGAGCUGGUGCCCUACCUGAGUUUUAUUCUGGACACACUGGUGUUUGCUUUCGGGAAGUACCAGCACAAGAAUCUCCUCAUUCUCUACGAUGCUAUAGGAACUCUAGCAGACUCAGUUGGUCAUCACCUCAAUCAACCUGAGUACAUUCAGAAGUUGAUGCCCCCCCUUAUUGCCAAGUGGAAUGAGCUGAAGGACGAAGACAAGGAUCUCUUCCCUCUACUAGAGUGUCUGUCGUCUGUAGCCACCGCCCUGCAGAGUGGGUUUCUACCUUACUGUGAGCCUGUCUAUCAGCGCUGUGUUACACUAGUCCAGAAGACACUAGCUCAAGCUAUGAUGUACAACCAACACCCAGACCAGUAUGAGGCUCCUGACAAAGAUUUCAUGAUUGUGGCUUUGGAUCUGCUGAGUGGCCUGGCUGAGGGUUUGGGGGGUCAUGUAGAACAGCUAGUGGCCCGAUCUAACAUCAUGACCCUGCUUUUCCAGUGCAUGCAGGAUACUAUGCCUGAGGUGAGGCAAAGCUCUUUUGCUCUUUUGGGUGAUCUAACCAAGGCGUGCUUUCCACAUGUUAAGCCCUGCAUUGCUGAGUUCAUGCCCAUCCUGGGGCUCAACCUGAACCCAGAGUUUAUCUCAGUGUGUAACAACGCUACCUGGGCCAUUGGAGAGAUCUCCAUGCAAAUGGGCACAAGUGUCAAGCAGCAAACAAGCAAUCCUGGUGCAGAGAUGCAGCCAUAUGUGGGAAUGGUUCUGCCACACCUGGUGGAGAUCAUCAAUAGACCCAACACACCCAAGACUCUGCUGGAAAACACAGCCAUUACUAUUGGCAGACUGGGUUACGUCUGUCCCCAGGAAGUGGCCCCACAGCUGCAGCAAUUCAUUAGACCAUGGUGCACAUCAUUGAGGAAUAUCAGAGAUAACGAGGAGAAGGAUUCAGCCUUCCGGGGAAUCUGUGUGAUGAUCGGCGUGAACCCUGCAGGGGUGGUGCAGGACUUCAUUUUCUUCUGUGAUGCUGUGGCCUCCUGGGUCAACCCCAAGGAUGACCUGAGAGACAUGUUUUAUAAGAUCUUGCAUGGCUUCAAGGACCAGGUCGGUGAAGAGAACUGGCAGCAGUUCUCAGAGCAGUUUCCUCCUCUGUUGAAGGAACGCCUGUCUGCCUGCUACGGCGUCUAACCAAACCAUCCCCUUGUCCACACAGGACACCAACCUGUUAGGUUAAUGUACGGGAGGGUUACUGGGGAACUCAUUGCACUGCCCAGAUUGUGGGGAGAAACGAGAGCUGGAGGGAUGUGACUGGCCUUGAUCCUCCACUCAGCGGAUGGCCCCCUUUCCCCCCGCGCCCUGUGUGUCUCUGUAAGGGAGGGUGGGAGGAGGGUGGUGGGUGUGGGAGGGUAAACUGGGGAUAUACAUAUACCUCUCGGAUUAAACGCCUCACUAAAUCCAACACGCUCAAAAGUGACUGUCACCAACAGCACCGCAGGGAUAAUAGGUAGGCGAGGGCAAAAAAAGGGGCUGGCUUUGACCUCCCUUCCUCGAUUUAAUUAUUCUGUUAAGAUAGGUGACGGCUGGGAGGGGAGGGGGGUGUCAGAUAGGAUAGGUACAUUCUAAAAAAGGAAUUAUCUGAACCAGCAUAGGGUGCCACAGUCCCAAAUUCCACAAUGCACGUUGUCCGUAGAAUGACUCGCACAUGUAGAUGCGUUUAAUCGUGCCAGAGGCUAAAAACAUGAGACGCUUUUACUAUGUAACAAUGCAGGAAAUGUGCACAAAUUAUUUGCACAAAUUUUCACCUUUUAUGGUGAAAUUGCAUAAACCAAUUGUUGUGCAUAUACAUGGGUCUUAUUCUCUUUUCACAUGUACAUUUAGCUGAAUUUAAUUUCCUUCCUCUUCCCUUGGUUGCUGAAUUCCCCUCGAAUCAUAGGUUUCUUCCCCCCCCCUCUCAUUCGAGGCAAAAAAGAUGCAGUAGGUCUGUCCUCAAGCUUUUAUCACCGCAGUACCAAGUUAUUGCAUGACAUAUAUCGCCUCUUAUGUGACGCAUGUUUUGAGUGAAUGUCUUGCUGCUCACUUGAUUUAUUACAUAAAUUGUCGUCCGUAUGGAGAGGCUGCCAUAAUUGGAAGCUGUCGGGUGCGUGGUUCUUUUGUCCUCCCACUCAUACAUGUUGUCUAAUCAAUGUCCCUAUAGUUUAAUGGUGGCUGCUUGUGAGACGACCAACUAUAGGUAGAUUUAAUACGGCAAUCAGCUCAUGUCUGAUUGGAGAAUCGCCCACUGCAACACGAGUUCAAAUACUGUAGGCAUAUUGAGAAUCCUUUUUGCUGCUGCUUCGUUUUUAGAGUAUUUACAAAACGGACUUAAUGUGAGCGUUAAGACAUCACCAAGAAUGAAUUAGUUCUUACCGAUUAUAAAUGCACUUUCUUUUUGUAAGAAAUUUAGAGUUUCAAAUGUAAGACAUACAGUAAUAUACUGAGAUAUAGUUUUCUUUUUGAUAAGUGAUUUUAGGACUGUUAAUGGCUUGCUAAAGUAAGCAUAAUAUUAAGCAAUGGUAAAAUGACUAGGGUAAGCCUCUUAACAUAGUUUGAUAAUGUAGCUCCUCCUAAAAAUGGAUUGAAUAGGAUUUAAGAGGAGGGGGACAUCUUAAUUACAGUAUUUUGGAUCCAUGUCUCUGCGCACCUGUCAAUCCAUAUCUGUGUUUGAGUGUGUCCCUGUCUAUUUCAAAGUUUUCUGUUAAAUGAUGGCUGCUUGAGCCAUCAAGGCUUCUCGACAUGGACAUUGCAUGCUUUUCAAAGAGGCUUGUUCCCUUUUUUUAAGUCGUUUUAUAAAAGGUCCUCUUGCAGGGAUCUACCUUAUAAGAGCUUUGUCAAUGGCAAUUCAAAUCACUGCUGGACUAAUAAGGUACUUCUCCAGCUUGUGAUCAAUCUAGUGAUUGUUGUUGCCAUAUGUUCACCCGUUGAUACUGUGUAGGAUAUGCCUGGGAAUAUACUGAGUCCUAAUAGUUCUCCCCUGACACUGGUUAGCUUAUGAGAGAGUGGUGGUCUUUAUCCAGCUUUAACUUUUAGUCAUUGUCCAUAGUGGACGCUUGUAAUGAAAGUGUGUAUGGCUGUUUGCCUGUUGGUGUUUUUACUAUAAAGGUGUGUACGCGAGUAAUGCUUAGAUGUAACUUUGCACCAGCCCUACAAUAAAGUUAUGUCUGGGCCAUAGUUUGAGUCAUGCCUGAGUUGAAGUGGCCACUGGGAAGAUCAACAUUUGCUUGCCAGUUAACAUUGUCAGUUUUAUCGUCGGGAUGCUCAAAUCUCCUGAAACAGACCGUCACAAAUGGAAAACACCUAAAAAAUUUUCCUGAAUAUGAACUCACAUCAGUACGUUAUGCAUUUUACAGAAUUUUUCUUCCUUUUCCCCACGACCUAGGUGACAUAAUUAUUAUUCUUUUUUUUUUGUAGCACAAAUGUUGCGCGCGUGCAUGUAUGAGAGAGAGAUGCGUGUUUCGGAUACCUGACCACUUCUGUAAGCUGCAGCGCCCCACAGGGUGAAUACUGAAUGGUAUCAUCUUGAGGUUUAACUGGUAGGCAAGCAUUGAGAACUGAGGUGGCCACUCACUGAUCACAGGCCAGAAAGAUGUUUUUGGGGAGGCAUUCAUUGCAAUGUUUUUGGGAAGGAUGCAGCUCCUGUGCCACAAAGAAUUGGUAAAAAAGUUGAGGCUUUACCACUCGCCAUGUUGUAAUACACUAAGCUAUAUUCAUAAGAAAAUUUAAAUGCAAGUUGUCCAAUUGUGUUUUUUUUUUAUUUUUUUUUUAUUUUGAUGCUCAUGUUGUUUUUAAUUUAUUUAUUUUAGUUUGAUGGGGUUUUUUUUGUGCUCCAGUGCACAAAUUGUUUUGGACUUUAAAAGUUUUUUUUUUUCCCUUUUUUUUAAAAAAAAAAAAAAAUUCUUUUUAUUUAAAGAAUAUUUUGUUUUCGUUGUUUUAUAGCGGACCAUUUGAUUAUGUCAAAUUUGAUGUGGUUGGACUGAAGGACAGUCUGUACUUGCAUACCUUGGGGAAGAAUGUGGGAAAACUCAUUCAUCACUUUUGUUUCAAUCUGAUAUCAAGGCUGGCAAUUGAAUUUGAUGUACCUAUUUUUUUUUUUUUGCUCAACUGUGGUGCAGGUGGGAUGUUAUCUGAUGUAUCCCUUUUUUAUUUAAUUUUUGUGAAUAGGGGAAAAUAAAAUUUUUUUUCUAUUAAGCUUUGAGUCGACUGAACAUUUUGUUCUGUGUGACCAACAGAAACUAGAUCAAUUUGGGUGAGACUGGGAAACCAUAACAGGUAGCAUAUUUUGAUAUUUUAUACAUGUGAUUUGUUAUGCACCAAAAAUAUCAAAGCAAAUUCCUUUUGAGUAAACCUUGGCAAUAAAAGCAGAUUCUGACGUGCGAUGGAUAAUCACGCAUGUCCUAAUCCACUCUUCAGGUAGGCCUACAUCCCGACCCUCGCUUGCUCCUCGGAGCAGAAAUGAAAGGAGCCCUGAGCAAAGACGAGACGAAACCCUGAUGCUUUGACAACUACCUCACGAUAGUAUUACCAUUUUUCUGAAAAUGCAAUUGGGACAACAGCGGGGUAUCUACAAAGACAGCCCAAAAAAUAUUCAUAGGCAUUGACAGUCAUUUCCAAUAAGAGGAACUGUAUGAGAUGUCAUGCUGUAACAAACACAACUGAGUGGUUAUGUGCCCUAAUUUUGCGAUAACGUAAGUAACUGAAAAUCCUGCCUACAGGGUACAGUGCUGAUAAACCGCUGAAUUGUUGACCAUGACAUCCUGCAGCACCUGUAAACUUUCAAGAAAAACAAUUAUGUAAUGUCACACAUGUAUGUCUUUUUUUUUUUGUAAUUACACAAGAUGAAUAAGGUAUAUACAGGUAUAUAAAUAUUUUAAUGUUCUUCCCUUCUAACCCUGCAAUUAGCCAACAUAGUAAUAUCAGGAGCGCAAGCUGUAUUAUACACUAUUAUCCCAUACGAACGGUGUGCUGUUCUUACUCUGUAUAACACAACAGUGCCGUGGGAUGGAAAACGAAAGGUUUAUUCUAUUGCUUACAUUAAACUUCUCACUUAU